GGAAAUAGUACAUGGAUGGCCACACUUGUCCAAACUGCAGCAUUUCCAAUCCUCCUCCUCCCAGUGUUUCUCUUUUCAUCCUCCCAAAAUCCUUCCACAACUUCUACCAACUCUGCACAGCCUUCUAUUGUUACUGUUGUUGUGGUCUAUUUGUUCCUUGGCAUACUUAUAGUUGGUGACAACAUGUUGUACUCAGUUGGGCUCUUGUACCUUUCUGCCUCAACUUAUUCCCUCAUCUGUGCAAGCCAAUUAGCUUUCAAUGCAGUCUUCUCCUUCUUCAUCAAUUCCCAAAAAUUCACUGCUUUAAUAUUUAAUUCUGUAGUUCUCCUCACCUUAUCUGCCUCCCUCAUUGCAUUUGGCUCUGAUUCUUCAGAACCUGAAGGAGUCUCUAAAGGAAAAUAUGUGCUCGGUUUUCUAUGCACACUUGGUGCAUCUGCCUCUUACUCCCUAAUACUUUCCCUCAUGCAGCUUUCCUUCAAGAAGGUUCUGAAAAAGGAAACUUUUUCUAUAGUCUUGCAAAUGCAAAUAUUUACAUCCCUAGUUGCAACUUUUGCUUGCAUUGUGGGCCUUUUUGCCAGUGGUGAAUGGAAAGGCUUGAAGGAAGAAAUGGACCAAUUUGGCAAGGGGAAAGUAUCUUAUGUGAUGACUUUGGUUUGGACAGCUGUCUCUUGGCAGAUUUGCUCUGUUGGGGUUGUGGGUUUGAUUUUUGUGGUGUCUUCUCUCUUUUCCAAUGUAAUUAGUACCUUGGCUUUGCCUCUUGUUCCCGUUGCUGCUGUGAUAGUUUUCCAUGACAAGAUGGAUGGGGUGAAGGUGGUGGCCAUGUUGUUGGCAAUCUGGGGAUUUGCUUCUUAUUUGUAUCAGCAUUAUAUUGAUGAUUCUAAGCUGAAGCCAAAACAAACUAACAUCAAUGAGAUAACUGACGAGUCUAUGUCUUGA